ACUCAACGCGCACUGUUUGGCAACUCUGACUUCACCAUAGGCGACCACAAAAGAAUAGCUAACCAUAAAAGCUCCACAAAUCAGCACGAAAAAGCCACAGCAGCCAACCAACACGCCAGCGAGAAGACAACUCUGAUUUUGAGGAUGAGCCUCACAGGAGAAAUGUGCAAGGCCUGCGCUGACCAGAUCCGCUGCAACUGGACCACCCUUCAUGUGUCACCACUUGGUCGGCCUCAUGAAAGGGAAGUUCUGAGUUAAUGGUAACAAGGCGAAACAGAGCACAUAGAAGUAGAGAACCCACGGACAAGCAAGAAAGCUGACUACCAAGCCAUGCCGUGACCCAACGUUACUCGCCAUCAUCAUCGUUGACAAACCAAACGCAGCGCAAACGGGAUCCAAACCAGCGGACCCGUAGUCCGCACUAAGAAAAGUGACCGGGAAGCCUUGCCACACAUAAAUAUGAAAUGCAAUACAAUGUAUGUAUGAUGAUGACCAGUUGCACUAAACCGGAAUUGGAUGAAGGACAUGAGAAAUUUAUGUAUUCCAGCUUUAUGGGGCAAUUAUGCAAUGAAACAGCCUUCUUUUUAAACUUGAUUUUAGUUGGGCCGGAAUACACAACACAUCAGAAAAAUACUGGCAACAAGCCCAAAUACCCUAUUGAGUUUGAUCAAUUGGAAAUAUCCAGGAAAUAUGUCCCAGCAAAACAGCAUGCAUCUGCGAGCAAGAGCCCUUCUAGUUCUUCGGUCCAUGGUGGCUCACAAGAUUAUCAGCGAGAGAGGGAUAAGAUCAUAGCAAUGCCAGGCCAGAUGGAGGAAGCGGAAUUCACACAAUAUGCAGGAUAUGUCACGGUGGAUGCAAAUGCUGGAAGGGCUUUGUUCUACUAUUUUGCUGAGGCUCCUCAAGAUCCUUCCAAGAAACCACUAGUCCUAUGGAUGAAUGGAGGCCCUGGUUGUUCAUCCUUUGGAGCUGGAGCCAUGCUAGAACUUGGACCCUUCUCUGUCCACAGUGAUAACAAGACACUGUACAAGAAAAAACAUGCUUGGAACACAGUAGCAAAUAUGCUGUUUGUUGAGAUCCCAGCCGGUGUUGGGUACUCAUACUCCAACACGACAAGAGACUAUCACAACACUGGUGACAAAAGAAGCACAGAUGAUGCGUACACCUUCCUUGUCAAUUGGCUGGAGAGAUUUCCCGAGUACCGAGACCGUGAUUUCUUCAUAACCGGCGAGAGUUAUGCUGGUCACUAUGUACCAGAGCUAGCUAAUUUGAUUAUUUCUAACAACAGAGCCAGAGGCGCGACUAAUGUCAAGCUUAAAGGUGUUGCUAUCGGCAACGCAGACUUGCAAUACAAUUUGACUCUAAGAGCGACAUUUGACUACUUCUGGAUGCAUGCUAUGAUUUCUGGAAAAACCUACAGAGCUGUACAGGCCAACUGUGGCUUCAACGGGACAUAUACUAAAGAUUGUGAUAAUGCCAUGAACUUGGCCAUAAAGGAGAAGGGUAAUGUUGAUGACUACAGCAUCUAUGCACCAAUAUGCCGUGAUGCCUCCAGUCCUCUCAGAUCAAGUGACCCGGUGGUGUUCGGUGAUCCCUGCACAAAUCACUAUGUCUCAUCUUAUCUAAAUCGUCCUGAGGUCCAAAGAGCCCUACACGCAAACACCACAGGGUUGAAAUACCCAUGGACGGAUUGCAGUCAACUUGUAUUCGAUAACUGGAAAGAUUCACCGGAGACCGUGCUGCCAUCGAUCAGGAAACUCAUUUCAAGUGGCACAAGGAUAUGGCUGUACAGUGGUGAUAUGGAUGCAGUAUGUUCUGUGACCUCGACCCAAUACGCACUGGACAUUCUUGACCUGCCCACAGAAACAUCUUGGCGCCCAUGGCGCGUCAACAAUGAGGUUGCCGGCUAUGUGGUUGGGUACAAGGGCCUGGUGUUUGCAACAGUCAAAGGAGCAGGGCACAUGGUCCCUUACUAUCAGCCCCACAGGGCCCUAGCGCUAUUCUCAUCCUUCCUCGAAGGAAAGCUUCCGCCACAAUGAUCUAAUUGUUAGGGAUAAAUUAGCACAUCUCUAUUGUAAAACGACGUUAGCAAAGUCCAACCCCAAGAAGUCGCUUCCCUUCUCUCUCUUAACAUGUAAAUGUCAUCCUUUGGAUGCAUUCCCGCAGACAUGCAUAUAUAUAUCCUUUGUAUCAGUGAAA